AUGGCUUCACGGCCCGCGACGACAACGCUCUGCCUGCUGCUGUCCCUGCUCCUCCUGGUGGGGCCCAGCGUCGCGUUCGGCGCCGGCGAGGUGCCCGUCGGCAGCGAGUUCAAGGGCUACGUGUGGCGGCACGGCGACAUAGGCGAGGUGUUGCAGUACCUGCCGGCCAGCUUCGUGACGCAAUUCCGGUUCACGCAGCUGCAGCGGAAGCAGAUAUACUUCGGCAACUGGCUGCGCGACUUCUCGCAGGUCAUCGACACGGCCUGUUUGGAAAAUGUGCCCGAGCCCAUCCUGCGCGCCAUUGUCAGCGUGAUGGGGUUCAUGGAGUUCGGCUUUGCGACUGACGAGUUCGACGUCACGCGCGACCGCCUGGGCUGCUACACACACGUCGAGCACAUUGAUAAUCCGGCCGGCUACCAGGACGACGCCAAGGAGGUCGACGAGCGCCUGAGGGGCCCCGUGGACCCAAGGGAGCUCGAGUUAGACUCCGACACGGGCAUGAAGAACUACAUCGCGAACUCCGGCCAGGCAUGGAGGACCUCUGCUGACUACGUGCGCGAGCAGCUCAGGGCGUGCAUUGAGCUCGGGAGGAAGAAGAAGAACCCCGGCGCCAAGAAGGAGAGUUACAUCCAUCUAGGUGCUGCUCUGCACACCCUGGAGGACUUCUCCGCCCAUAGCAACUUUGUCGAGCUCUGCCUGCGCGAACUGGGAGAAGAGAGCGUCUUCCCGUUUGUUGGGGAUGCAUGCAGGGUCAAAGUUCCGGGUAUGUUCAGGGGGGGCAGGAAGGUAGCACCCCUCGUCACGGGCACGUUUGGCAUGCUGGACAUAUUCCACAGCUUUCUGGGUGAGGCCGACGACAUGGCCAUCCUGCAGUCGAAGGGAUCGCUGGGAGAGCUUGAGAAGCAGCUGGGUUACGGUGGUAUGGCUUUCGAGCAGCUGUUCGAGCUGAUAAAGAGCGCCCUGGAUGUGCUUGGUAGCGUUACCAAGGGGGACAAUCCGAUGCUACAGCAGUUGCAGACCGUAAGCCUGAUCUUCAAGAAAGCCAAGGCAGGUCUUGUCAGCGACUCCAGCAGCGGCGAUUCCGGCAGCGACGACGCCGGAAAUGCUAGAAACGCCAGCGGGAUCACCAACCCGAACUUCCUCUGGCAGACCAUCGAGCCGAUCUUCUUCCUUCAUGACAGGAUGAUGAAGUGGAUACAAGAGAGCGCCCAGGAGUCCGAGGAGCUGGGACCGGACGAGUCGAGGAGCCAGCUCGGGGACGCUACCAACCAGCUCGUGUUCCGCUUCCUCGCCAUCAUGAUCGAGUCUGCCGUCAAGGAGCUGCGCAACGCGGUGAAGGCGGCCAAAGACCGGGUCGACGAGGAGGCGGCGAAGUCUAGCGCGGCGGCGGUCUACGAAGAUGGAUCAUCGGCCUCGGACCCCAGCCACUCCGACCUGUCGAAGGACCACUUCAGCAACACCCUCAACCAGGCCGCCGGUCUCGUCGCCACCGUCACGACGAACUGGGUCACGCAGCAGGUCGUGCAAUGCUGGGACAACCCCAGGUUAGACGCCGACAGGACCAUCGACGAGAUCCUAUCGAUCCUCCACCACCCGGCGUUCCCCAAGAAGAAAACCAACAUCCAGACGUACAUGUUCGACACGGUCAAGAAAUGGUGGGAGAGCACAUCACCAGAAGAGAAGACCCGGCUCCGCAAGCAGCUCUCGCGCGACAGCGUGCGGGAACGGGGCCACGAGAACCACGAGCUGACGCUCAAGGAUCUCGUCGGGACGCACAAGGGCGCAGCGAAGUUCCCCGGUUCCCGGCCCGCGGUGGUGGCGCCGCCGAAGAAGGUGUCCUUCCCGCUGACGUGGGCUCUGGAGGAGGCGAUGCGAGACGCCGAGUGGGUGCUGGCGACCAUGCGGAAGAGUCUGCAGGAUCCUCGCGGGGCGGCGGUGGAUGUCGUCUAUGGCGUGGUGUACGGCACUGGACGCGUGGCGUUUAAUACAGCCGGUUGGGCGGUCAAUAGAGCUUUGGUUUUGGCUUCGAAGCUCUGGCCUUUUUAG